GGGAGGAGCCCCCCAGUACAUACACCAUUUCUGUUCAGUUGUGUGCAUCUCCUUAAAAUAAUGGCUUUUCUCUAUAUUGUGUCACUUGCUGUAGUUUUAACUGUUGCUGAAGCUGGAUUUGCAGGAGCGCCCUUUGCAGCAGGACCUUAUGCACAUCCUGGAGUUGGUGUAGCUGGACCGUACGUAGCUGCUCCAGGAGCUCCUGUGCCGUAUCCAGUCGAUGGUGGUCACGAUAUUGAUUAUUACGCUCAUCCAAAAUACUCUUACAACUACGGAGUUGCUGAUGGCGUAACUGGAGACAGAAAGAGCCAACAAGAAGUACGUGAUGGUGGUGUUGUGAAAGGAUCCUAUUCCGUUGCGGAGCCAGAUGGUUCCGUCCGAGUGGUCGACUACGCAGCAGACGACGUAAACGGUUUCAACGCUGUAGUGAAGAGAAUUGGGCCCUCGGUACAUGCAGCUCCUCUCCGACCUGCUCCCGUGGCGGUAGCAGCUCCCGCAGCAUUUGGACACGCUGGUGUCUAUGGUCAUGGCCAUUAUUAAGUUAACGAUAGCACAGUCUCUAUUAGAUUUGUUAAAAAUUUGUACACGUGAAGUUUCUGGUAUUUCAUAUUAGUUCCGCCAUAAUGGUAAUUGCUUUUGCAACUUCAUUUGUUUUAGUGUUUAUAUUUAUAAAGUUUUUAUUACCAAAAUUUUUUAUAAUGUUCAAUUUAUGGAUGAAACUUUUAAAAUCCAACAAUUUUUCCAGUUUUUUAAAAACAUUCAUUAAUCAAAAAUCAUAAUUACUUUUAAAACCAGCAAUCUCUUUCUUAAAAAUAUUUGACUAUUAAUUAAUUUCACGUCAAUAGAGACUAGAGAGAAUUUAUAAUUAAAAAGGAUAUACGAGUAGGACUACGAUAAUGGUAUAUUUUAAAGCAGUUGUAUAUUUAUUUUUUUGUUUUUGGAGUAGUGUUUCCAAGAAUGCGUGAUACAUAGCACAAACGCUAUUUCGAUUUAUAAUGAAUUGUACAUGGCAAAUACAUUGUAAUAUAUACAGUAUUUUAGUAUAUUUUAACUUUACGUGAAAAUAGUUGUUGUAUUUGUAAAAUAUUUUAGUAAUAAAAUAUAAUAGCUUAUAUAGUA